AAAAAAUUCGUCCGUGUAGGUACAACAGACCGAUCCAAGAUGGAAACUGUAAGUGCGGGACAUAUGAUGAGCUUAGCAGCUCUUCAAAGACAAGACCCCUAUAUAAACAAAUUACUAGAUGUAACUGGUCAAGUUGCACUUUACAACUUUAAUUCUAAAGUAAACGAGUGGGAGAAGACCGACAUCGAAGGCACUCUGUUUGUUUAUGCCAGGUCUGCUUCUCCUUAUCAUGGCUUCACCAUCAUGAACAGAUUAAGUACAGUCAACCUUGUGGAGCCUAUUAACAAAGACCUGGAAUUCCAACUGCAGGAUCCUUUCUUGCUCUACAAGAAUGGCAACUUGGGCAUCUACAGUAUUUGGUUCUAUGACAAGAGGGACUGUCGGCGCAUAGCUCAGCUGAUGCUCAAGAUCGUGAAACAGGAAGCAGACCAUGCUCAGAGAAAGACCCCAGAGAGGACGGAGGCCGCAAGAACCAAUGGGAUCACCGAAACGAAACCUAUUGACAUCCUGGAGCUGCUUAGCAAGGCCAAGGAGGAAUACCAAAGAGCCCAGGCAGGGGAAUCGGAGAUGUCUGUUGACACAAGUGUUAAAGUGGAACAUCCACACAGAGCAGCGUCACCCGAAAAGAGUUCUCAUACAGUGGUGAAGCAGAUCACAGUUGAAGAACUCUUUGGAUCGUCUCUGCCUAAGGAAACCUCUCUCUUCAACAAAGCUGCGCAGGAAUCCACUUCUUCCAGUGACCUCCCUGCUUUUGUGCAGAAACCAGCGUAUCCUGUUUCAGUUCAUCAAAGUCCGCUCCUCACAGGCCACGAUCCCGGGUCACGCCGGCAACAACAAGCCCCUAAUCUAAUCCCUUCUCCUUAUGCAAUGAACCCCGGUCCGGUUUUACAGCAUGUGGUCCCACGGCCCGAUUCUCAAUCCCACUGUUCGGUCCCUCCUCUGAUGAUGCCUUCAGCUGGUUCGGAGCACCUCGCUGCAUCGUCUGGUCUGACCGACCCUGCAACGCCUUCCACAGCCUUUUUGAGAAAGGAAAUACUGGAUUCAAUCAAACCUGUGAUCCCUUCUAUGAAUUCAGACGUCCACAAGCCCAUGCUUGCACCCAACUUCAUCCCAAACACUUUGGUUCCACCCCACAGCUUCCAGGAACACAACAUGGACUUUUUCUCUAAGCCUCCAAACCUCAUUAAGCCCAUGUCUACUCUCCCCAUGAGUCCAGGUCCAGCCGUUCCAGGGUCAGAGAUCUCAGUGCUUCUCUCUCCGAGUGUUUUCCAGCAGAAUGUCAAUAAAAACCCCUCAACAGCAGCGCCAGCGGUCCCUCCUGCGGCCUCUGAGCCGUCUUCAGCAUCUGGAGGAGCUUUAGAUUCUCUCCCAACCGCCUGCAGUAGAACUCAGCUCCAGGAGACUUUGAUUCAUCUCAUCAAGACUGACUCAGACUUCCUCAGUGCCAUCCAUAAUGCAUACCUGCAGAGUUUAUCCAGAGAUUUAGUAAACAUGAAGCUAUAGUCCUCACAGAAAAAAAGCUGAAGAUCACAGGAGACACAAGAAAGGAUUAACAGGGCAUGCUCUACAUCGCUAACACUGAUGUCCCGGACAUGUGGAUCAACGUUUAUUCUUCUACGAUCAGAGAAAAACUUCUUUAUGGAACAGAUGUGGGAACAAGAAGACAGAUUUUUGCUUUUCAGACUUUUCAAAAGAAAAGAAAAUGUCAAACCACUGGCCAGAUGUUGGUACUUUGUGGUUUCAUUUUAUUUUGAAGGACAGGACUACCAUAACAGACGUUUAGUGAGAUCAUCGUUUUCUUCUCGUUUGGACUGUUGAUUGGUUUUUCAGCUAUAAUAACAAGUAAACUCUGCUGUGUCUUCUGUUCAUCACACAGAAUUGUGGAGUUGAAGAUUAUUAGAAGAGUUAUGACAUUUAUCGUUGAUUAAACCAUUUUUAUGUGAUUGUCUAGAAAAGCACUUACAGCUAGAAAUCUCUUAAUUAUGAGAAAGUCCCUAUGAAUGGGUUCAUGUUAUGGUUUUGUAGAGGAGCUUCCUGUUGACCCCUCCUUGUCUUCUUGCAUCUGUUGUCACAUCUCCUUUAUGAAGUUGGGGUGUGAUGUGUGACAAUACCACCACAUGGGGCAAAUGUAUACUACCCUCAGGAUUCUGCAGUUCAAUUAUCAUUUAAAAAAACUCCAAAAAUAUCUGAAUUCUCCCAAACAGCUAUUUUAAAAUUAACCAAAGGUGGAGCAGAGGAGCUUUUGAUUGCUCCAUCCCAAAUAUAUAUAUUUUUUUACCCCCCCCCCCGAAGCCAAAUGAUUGAAAAGAAAAAAUCACCUUUCUUUCAUGUGUCUGUUUACAGUCUUUUUUAUUUUUUUUUUGGUUUUCAUUUUUAUACCUGGAUCAUCAAAUAUUUGGUUGGUGAACUUGACUUGUGUAUGUGCGGUAAAAAUAUAACACAGCACCAAAAAACAAUGAAAACUGACCUAAUGCUUAUUCAAAACAGCUUCCAAUAUCGUCAAAAAUAUAGACCGGUGAUGCCAGUAAAGAGGACAAAUCUUACAUCAGUGGUCAUAAAUGGAAAGAAUAAACAAGAUUUAAUGGACAAUAAAGAAUUUUAGAAAAAAAAUUAAGUUAAAGGUGUAACAACUGAAAGAAAUCUCGAUUUUCAUCUAAUUUAUUUAGUAUAAAAACCUAAACUUUAAGCAUUAGUUCAGAAAUAAAGCAAUGUAUUUUGUCUUUUUGGUCUAAAAAGUACACUGACAUUUCAUAAUGAUGGCAUUAAUAGCUUUAGGUCAGCUAUUUGGAUGUAUGUGUUUGCUCUGAGUUUAAAAAUUAACAUCCAUUUGUUUAAAAAAAAACUUUUUCUGUUAUUUUGAAAUCAAUACAUGAUGUAUUGAUCUCAUUGGAGUAUGAUACAUUUACAUUAAAAGCAUAAUUUGCUCUCAUUUUUUGUUAAAUAAAAAUUGAAUAAAUGUAUUUUUAAUCCUGAUUUCAUAUGUUUUACAGUUUAGCUUUAAAAUAACUAAUGUGGGUUUGUGCUAAAUUAUUGAAAGACAUGUUUUGGUUUUACUCAAUUGUUUGGCUUUUUGUGGUGUUAAAUUAUAUAAAUGUAAAAUUUUCCCAAU